CUUUAAACAUUUUGAUGGCGCUAGCCGAUUUUAUACAAGAAAUACAAGUAUUCCUUGCAGUUAUGGCACAUUACAUGCACAUGUCAUGACGGUUGGCGCUAUGGUUGAUUGAAGGUCAGAAUCAAAGUUGAGGGCGGUUUUAAGCGUCGGUAUAAUUUGUUGUGGGAACUACUGUUAACGAGUAUGAGCUUUAAUGUACCAGAAAAUGUAUUUUGGUCACUAGCCAAGGAAUAUAAUAUAAUUCAAGCACAAUCCGCGGGAAGCCCAUCAAAAUUAAAUGUUGCCGAAAGGAAAUUUAAGGUUAUGAAACAUGCUACAGAAAAUUCACUGAUCAUAAUGGAGGAUAUUUGUGCUUUGAAGAAGAAAAUCAGAAAACUGGAGCAUGAGAAAAAUAUCCAGUAUCUUAGUGCCAGAAACAGGUUCUUUCUCAAGAUGUGUGCUGACAGCAUUAGUGUGGUAAAAAGAAUGAACACUGAUCUGGCGAUCAUAUUGUGUAAGAAACAUGUGAUCCUUCACUUGCUGCAGAAUGCUCCCAAGGAAGAAUCCAUUCAUAUUCCAGUUCAUCUACACAGAACAUUCAUAAAUCUAGUUAAAGGUCUUCAGGAACUAUGUAACUUUAAAGUGAGCAUUAUUGACUGCUUCUGCAAGCUUUCAGAUGUUAAAUGGGAUGAGAACCUGCAAGAAAUGGAGCCUUUAAAACAGCAGACUCUACGCAACAUAAGUAUUUUAAAGAAACUGCUUUUUGACGUGUGUCAGUUACAGAUUUCAGUUGAUAAAAUGUUGCAUUUUGCGGCAUCAUUUGUCAGAACAUUUCUAGAUGAGGUGGAGAUGCAUUCAGAAUCUUGAAAAUGUGUUGCCUUCAUUGCAUAAUUUGUUUGGUUUCUCAAUUAUUUUUACCCAUUGUAUGUGAUUUAACGUGCACUUCGUCUAUGCCUAUUUUUCCAGCAGUUACAGAAUGAUGUUGAGUAGUAAUUACAAUGACAAUGUUAGUGUCAUGUCUUGUGAAUUUACUUACACUAAACAGCUUGUGCUGCUUAGCACUGCAUUUAUGUAUCUUCAUGUUAAUCUUUUUUAAGUAAAAUGGAAGUGAAAUAAAUGAUCACAAUUAUUA